AGAGAGGAGUUGCCACAAGAGGAGAAAUAUGAUGAGAAGACUCGUGGACCAGAACUACAGAAGAUGCCAGAAGAGGGAGAGGAGAAUGAAAAGGUUCGCGAAUCAGAAAGUGAGAAGGUGGCAGAACCACUGCCCGCAAACAAGAAACGGAUCGAGGCCAACAAACCACCGUAAAAUCCCGAAAAUAAGCCCCGGGGCUUACAUUUUUCAAAGGCCCUUUUUGAGGGGCUUAUUUUUGGAGGGGCUUAUAUUCGGAGGGGCUUAUCUAAGGAGGGAAAUUUGCGUUUCAAAAUCGAUUGGGCUAGUCUUAUAGUUGGAAGUAAAUUUACCGUUUUUGCUUUGUUUUACCUUGUAUUUGAGGGCAAUUUUCCAAGUACAAGCCCCCGGGGGCUUAUAUUUGGAGGGGCGAUUUAACGGAGGGUUUUUUGCGUUACCGGCUUGGGAGGCUUAUAUUUGGAGGGGCUUAUUUUCGGAAUUUUACGGUAUUUCCAGAGGCAAAUACUUUUUCCAGAGGCAAGGUCAUGGUCAAUUUAUCACAUUCGAAGUUAAAACGGAAAGGUCAUACCGAAGAGAAAUACGUGCCGGCCGCAAAAAUUUCACGGAAACAAAUCGAAGCUAGCUGCAGAAAAAAUAGCAUCGGCAAGAACGCAGAUGCUCUUGCGUUUAAGGAGAUCAAUAGGUCUUUGCUGAAAGUGGAUAAAAGCCAAAAAAUUGGAAAGGGAACCUUCGGGAACUGCUACAUCGCCCUAUACCGCAAUGAAUACCGCGUU